AUGAGACAUAGCAGUUUUUAGUAUAGUUCAACUCCCGACCAUUAUGCAAAUUCAUAUCAUACAUAGAGUCAGCAAAAUUUUGCUUUAAAAUAAAAUACAUCCAAAGGUGGUGGUCGCUCCUCUUAGAUUAUACAAACGAGCUACUCAAAUUAAUAAUAUACAGCUCCCUCUUAGUAAUAAAUUAAUAGCAAUUACUAAAAUUCAUAAACAACUUAGAAUAGCUUACCUCCUACAAGUUCAAUAUCAAUGAAACUCAAAAAUUCUUUAAUAAUUCAAAAAGAAGCAUAGAAAAAUAAAGAAAAUGUAUUUCGCUUGAAAGAAAGAGUCGAAGAGGCUUAGAAGAGAGUAGACAAUCUGGAAAAAUAUGAAAAGAGUUUUAGUGAAAUGACUCAUUUACUCAAUGGCAUAGCAAAAGAUUUUAAAUAGUCGUAUGUUGUAAGCAGGACAAGCUAUUCACCCUCAGGAUAAUAAAAAUCUUAAGUCGUUUCAAGGCAUAUGGCAGAAGAUUUAGAAUUAAACAGAGGUAAAGGAGAAAACUCUUAGAUUUUUAGUGGAGGCUUUUCGAAUAAUCCAACAAUUGAUUAUGAAUCUUAACAAUUAAGCAAUUAUUAAAAUCAUUACUAGAGCAGUUCAAAGAGUUAAAUUAAUAACCAAAGAUAAUCUUCUUACGAUAUUAUAGCAUAAAAUCAAUAAAUUAAUAGCAGUAGCAAUUAAAAUAUUAAUUAGAAUUUCCAAAGAAGAUUUGGUAGCUAUACAGAGAUAGAGGAUGAUGCUGCUUCCUCUUCGUAACAUAAAGUUUCUACAAUGUAUUAAAAUAGUAGCAGUGGUUUAGGUAAUAAUGCAAAUAGGAAAAUAUCUCUUUUUCAAGAUAUAAAAAAUAGAAUGGAGCUGUUUAAAACAUAGAAUAGGGAAAGUAUAACGAAGCAUUUAAAGUAUAUAGCAAAUAAAAUAAAUGAUAACAAAUAAAUUUAUUACAAUUUUUUUGACGAAGAAAAUAAAGUUGCUCUUAAAUUUUUAGUUCAAGUACUUUAUGAUGAAGUAGAGAAACUUAUCGUACUUGAUACAGGUAAUUCUCUUCCUUUAAAGUUAAAGAUGGAGGAUUUAUAAAGAGAAAUUAACGAAAAAAAUAAAAAAAUCCAUUAAUUGGAAGAAGAAUUAAUAGAAAAAAACCUUUAGAUAAAUUCUAUGACAUCUAAAGUAACUAGAUACACUCAACGUUUCAAUGACUUGAGAUGGAUAUUAGAGGAAAGUAAAAGGAUAUAUGAAGACUUUAUUUCUUACUAAUAAGAUUUAUUAUAGAAUGAUAUGUAUGCCUACGAUGAAUCAAGAAAACUUAAAUUUAUUUAAAUUACAAAUAUUUAAAAAGAGUUUAAUCGUUUAAAAGAUAAUUUUGAUGAGUUAAAAAUUGGUAAUUCUAACUAAAAAAGUCAUAUUAAUCCUAAUUAAGCUAACUUUUUUAUGAAUUAAUUGACUCCUAUCAACUAGCAUUAAGGUGCUAAUAUUCCACAUAAUUCAUAAUUAAAGCACUAAUAAAAUAAUUUAGAUCAUUCAGCUUCAUCGUCGUCCAAUAUAGGUCUGCCUACGACUGAUCUGAUGGUAAAAAAGCAGCUUGAAUUUGAUGAAGAUUAUGCAAAUUAAAAUCUUAACACUUAAAAUGCCUCCUGCAACCAGUUUACAAAUGGAAAUGAUUAGCAAUUAUAAAAUUAAGCUUUUUUAAGCAACAAUAUAAAUUCUAACAGUUAGACAACUCUUAGCAAAAGAAUAAAUAGACAUAAUUCUGUUUCUUCGACAUCUCAUUCAAUUAUGGUUCUUAAUAAAAUGCACUAGCCUCAAGGCACUAAUCGCUCUAUGACUCCUAGUGGCUAUGCAAAUAAUAAGUGUGAGGCUAUGUAUUAAAGUAAUGUUGUUACAUCUGAUCAUUCAAAUUAAUAAAUGGCUAAUUCUUAACUAUUUAAUGCUCCUCUCCCUUAAAGAGCCAACCAAAGUGUAAUAAUAUAGAACUCAAAUACAAGUAAUAGCUAAAUAUUUGCAAAGAGUGGAAAUAAGUUCUUAGAUAUCAGAUAAUAGAUUGAAGCCUUAGAAAACGAAUACAAUGAGCUAGAUAAUAUCUAAUAAUCAUUAGAAGACUAAGUUGCUAAAUACAAGCAUUGUUUUGUUGAGCAAUUGAAAUUAUGCUAAUUGCUACAGAAAAAUGUACAUAGUUUAGAAGAAGAAGUUAAUUAACUUAGACAGUAAAAUAAAAAUUCCAAUAACAAUAUGUAAGCAAGCCAGCUACUCAUAGCAGCUAAUCAAUAAUAAGCAGAUUUAGAAAAAGAUCUCUAAAAAAUCACUUAAUAAUUAAAAUCAACUCAAAAGGAAUGUGAAACACUUUAAAAUGAAAAUAAAAAAAUUUUAAAGGAGCACAAUGAAAUUUAACAAAAAUAUAAUCAACAAAUUAAGCAAAUUUAAGAUAUCGAAGAGCAAAGACAACAUGACAAAUAAGUUGUAUAAAGGCUCAAUUCAUAGUUCCAAUCUAUGAAGAGAGAAGUUGAAGAGAAGUAAAGUCUUGAAGAUAAGAUAAAAUCGUUAACAAAUGAUAAUAAUCAUUUAAAUAAGGAAUUAGAUGAAUGUUUAGGGCUUCUAGAAUCAGGAAAAAUAAAUAUUGAGCAACUUAAAAUUACCCUGCAAUAAAAAGAGGAUUCUUCAUCAGACUUAAUCAAAAAAAACGCAAAUCUAGAAAAUCAAGUAUUUUUGAAAUAGAAAGAAAUCGAUUAGUUAUCUGUAGACCUAAAGAAACAAAAUGAAUAACUUUAAGACUUACAAAUAAAUAAAGGUAAAGAGGCAGUAAAGUGCUUAAUAGAUCAAUAACAUUAGACUCUUCCAUAAAUAGAGUUCUUAAUUUAUGAAGAAAAUAUGAAUGAAGAUAUUUAAAAGGAAACUAAAUAGCUAAUAAUAUAAUUGUUUGGAUGCGAUUUCUUGCAGUUUAUUGAAAAAAUAUAAGAAAGACAUCAAUAUUCUAUCUAAUUCAACUAAAAUCUCUAUGAAAAGCUACAAAUUCACUGCAAUGGAAGAAUAUAAUCAUGUGAAGAUUUAAAAGUCAUGGGUUAAAUGAUUCUACAGGCUUAUGAAGUACUCUCUCGUCAUUCUCAUGUCUAAUUACCAACUCCAUUGAUGAUGCUAAGAGAAGAGUUUGAAAUGAAAAGACCUGCCAUUCAAGACAAACUACAAGAAUGCAUUUACGAAUAGUAAGCUGUCUUUGAAGAGUUUAACUCCCUUUCGUUGAUGAAUUCAUAAUUAGCAAAAGGUAAAAAUAUGAGCUCAAGUUUGAUAAUACAAGAGCAGUAGCAAAAGCAAAAUGAAAUAGUAAGUUUAAAAUAGAGGAUAGAAAAUCUUUCAGCUGAAAAUAUUAUGCUUUAAUAAAAUUUAAAGAAUUAUGAAAGCUAGCUACUACAAAUAUAAAACAGCAGUACUGUUAGUAGCAAUAAAUUGCCUCGUCCAUCGAUUGAACAUAACAGAUAAAGUGAUAUCCAAUCUUGCAGAUCUUCUAAAAGACCGUCUCGUUUAAAACAAGAUCAAGAUGAUUACUAAAGUACAUGUUCAAUAAGUGGAUUAAACAGUGUAAAGAAUGCAUACUCUCCUUAAAAAUUAGCUCACUAACUUUUAGAUGUAAAUGAAGACUUUUUGUAAUUAAUCUUAUCGUAAGCAUCUUCCAUUGAAUAACUCUUAAAUUAAUGA